UUAGGUCUUUCUAACUUGUUGGUUGGUCUGGCUUGCUGAAGUAGUUAUUGAAACACAGUCUCUCUAUGGAGUGGGGAAACCUUCCAGGGGAGAUGAUAGAGGAGAUUUUCUCAUGGGUUCCAGCUAAAUCACUGUCACGAUUUCAAUCGACAUCGAAACAUUGGCAGGCUCUACUGAAAUCUGAGAGCUUUGCUAAGAAACACUCUGCUAAUAAUGCGCCAGAUGAAGAUCCUCUUAGUAUCAUGUUGAUUGAUUACAGGGUAUUCUUAGUGAGGAUCAAUCUCCAUGAUGAUCCUCCAUCUGUUAAGGUAGCAUAUCAAUUCAACCUCAAAGACCCUGAUCAUAAAUCUUCACAAGUCGCCGCUAUACGCAAGGUGUUUCACUGUGACGGAUUAUUGCUAUGCACCACAAAGGACAAGAGACUUGUGGUUUGGAAUCCAUGUUCAGGGGAAACCAAGUGGGUUAAACCCAGAGAUAGGUACAAGAAACACGACUACUAUGCUCUUGGUUCUUCUUGCAAGCAAUACAAAAUCUUGAGGGUGGAUAGUCAAAAGAUUCUACCAAUCAAGAAUAAGUAUGAGAUUUAUGACUUAACCUCUGAUUCCUGGAGAGUUCUUGGUGCGACUACUGAUUGGUUUUUAGCAAAAUAUCGCCGUGGUGGCAUAUCUUUCAAGGGAAAUACUUAUUGGGUUGCUACAUGGAGUCAUACUGAUUUCUUACUUAGUUUUGAUUUUUCAACAGAGAUGUUUCAAAGUCUAUCCCUUCCUCAUCCUUACUCGCAUAGUAUAUCUGCUUUAUCUGUGGUUGGAGAAAAUAAACUUUGCCUGUUAGGCACUUCACGCAUAUAUUAUUCAUCAAGAGAUUUACAUGUAUCAGAGACAACUUGUUGGGUGGGAAAUAGUCUCGGAUCAAUUAUGUCGUGGAGCGAGUUGCUAACAGUGAAAGACCAUAGCGAGGUUAAUCUCAAUGGGUUGAGUUUCUUAGCCGACGAGCAGAGCAAAACUUUAGUGUAUUGCAACCAGUCCCCGAAGAACAACAAGAUCGUACACAUUGUGAGAGGAGAUACAUACGUAAAGGUGGAUCCUCUUGAUCGAAGCUCUACAAUCAGACCAUCAUCAUCUUCCUCACUUCUUCUCAACUAUGUUCCAAGUUUGGUCCAAAUAAAACAAGGAAAGAGCGCAUGUGAUUUGUAACUUGUCUUUUCAUUGUUGUAAUU